GCCCUUGGAUCGCCAAGAGCUUGGAAUGAAUGGCUCCAGCACACGCUGCGGAACUCGGAGGCAGACGUCACCCAUCAAGCAUCGGAGCAUGCCACUCUCAUGCAGGAGAAUUUGGAGUUGAUUCGGUCAAGAGAAUCAUCGGCCUGGCAAUCUCAAUGCCUUCAAAAUGAGUUGGGCAAGCGGAAGGUGUUGCAGGAAGAGCGAGUAAAUGUGCUGCAUUUGGAACUUGAAUGGUGCGAUGAGCUCGUCGAAACACUCGUAGGGAUGCAAAGACGGGUCUAUGAGACCGAGGGACUGCAGGGUGAGACUAAUCAUGACAUCCUGGAGUGGCAGAGCGAGCUCAAAGUAGCUGAAGGUUUGCAGCAAUCCACUGCUGAAGAAGCAACUGCUCAUCGUUGGGCUGCACUUUUGUGGAGACACCACCAACAAGCUUGGAGAGUGCGGAAGGAGGAGGCUACUGCUGCGGUGGCGAGAAAGGCUGAGGAAGAGCAGGAAGUGGUUGACCAUAUGAAGGCUGCGCUUCAACAAAUGGAGUCAUGCCAUGCCGGAGGUAACCAGGGGACAACUUCAGAGCUCAUGCGGGCUUCUCAUUGGUUACGACGAGCACCAGACAUCGCCGACAAAGUUUUGAAGGCCGAAGACAGAUUGAAGAAGGAGCGGAACGCGGUCAUAGUCACCAAGGAUGCCAUUUGGGCUUUUUCGCACGACGUCGCGCAGAAGAUCAAGCUGGUUCAGCAGCAGCAGCAUUUGCAUCUCGAAGAAGCCGAACUCGUGGACCAAGUUGAGAGGCUGCGGGAGGGUGACACGGUUGUCAGUGACUUGGGGAGAAGUCUGAUGUUGGCAGAGAGGGAGGCUGCCAAGAAUGCAGAAGAGGUUCUUGCAACCGGACGACGCCAACUGCAGGAGCAGUUGCAUUUCAGCAAAGAGAAGUUGGCAGCCAAGGAGGUUCAAGUGGACCAGCUUCUGGUUGCAAGCACAUUGAAGGAAGAGGAAAUUGCGAAGAAGCGGGCCAAGCUUCAAGAAGAAACGCAACGUGAAAUGAGGAAUGCAGAGCAAGCUUCAGCAGCUGCUGGUGGGCUGGUGUCCAGGCGAGAGGAAAUUGUGCAUGAGUGUGAUGAACUCCGGGAGAUGAAGGCCCAGAUGCUGGAGACGCAACGGUCCAUUGAUGCGCGAAAGACCGCGCUACUCAAGGAAACCACGGCGGAGAAAGACCGUGGAAGAGCCUGGGACACGAAGCUUCGCCAAUCUGCUUUCGAAGUGCGGGAUCUGCGCAAAACUUUGGAGGAAGAGGAAGGGCUGUAUCAUGAAAGUGUUUCUGCCUUGGAGAGGCAAAAGCUCUCCAAAUCAGAGUUGUCAGGCCUCAAACAGCUGAAAGAUGCAAUGACAUUUGCCUCGUAUUCUCUGCGCGGCAGUGGCAACCAACUGCUGGCACGAAGAUCGUUGCACUCCUCAUCCUCCACAAGUUCUCGAGAGGAAAUACUAGUUGAGGAGCUACAUGCAGCUGAGAACCUGCACAUGGAGGCAAGGAAACAAGUGGUCGAAAUGCGCGCGGAACUCAAGAGGCUCCACGCGGAUGCAACCCAGCAAAGCUCAGCAGGCAAGCUGGCAGAGGGUGCAAUUCAGGAUGCCGCUGCAGAGUCACCGCUUCGGCGCCAGCAGCGCUUGCGCGAGGACCGGAAAGCUGCGGUGCGGCUGCAGGGCGAGUACCGCCGGCGCUCGGAGGAGCGCAACGCAAGAGCGCAGGCGGUGCAGGCAGCAGAGCAGAAGAAAGACCUUUGGAUCAUGGCCAUGCAGGAAGUAGAGAGGGGGACGGUUGGAUUGCAUGACCCUGUGAACAAAUACCUGGACUACUGGACCAAAGACGGCAACGAUCCAAGAUCUCGUGUUACCUUGUUCCACUUGCUCAGCUUCCAAUCUGGAUACACAUUUGGCCUCCGCAAGUUCGACUCUUGUUGGCUGAAGCCUUUGUCCAACUUCUCGGCUUGUGUUGAAAGGCUAUAUCAUAGCUUUCCUUUGGGUGCGGAGCCUGGCACUGUUUGGGAUUACAAUGAGUUCCACAACCAAGUCGCAGCGGCAGUUCUGGAGAAAGCCCUAGGGAGACCGUUGGGCACCUUCCUUUCAGAAGACUUGCGUUCAUGGAAUAUGACGCACAGCCACUACGCAGAUCACUUUGGCCCCGGGGGCCCAGAUGUGAGUGGUGAUUUGGUCAGCACUGCAAUGGACUAUGAGCAGUUCAUGGUACGAUACUUUGGAGGGCGCUUGGUUUCAAACAAGACCAUGCACUUCAUGGAAGAGGACCACAUGCCAAAGCGCUGUUCGUGGUCUUCGCUGCCCAUGGUCAUGCCGCAAGGCCAUUAUGGGAUUGGAAAUUGGUGGGUGUGUCCCAACGUCUUCCCAGGAUUGCAUCAUACCAACCUUGGCCCACUACCCCAGCGAUGCCGCGAGUCACAGGUUCAUUCGGAUCCGGGGAUCUUUGGGUUUUGGCCUGUUUGGGAUCGGCGUUUGGGCUACUGGCUGCUUUUCGCGAUGGCGGGUGUUCCCGUGGUUGCAGAUGUGAAAGCAGAGCUCUUGCAGUUGGCCCUGAAGCCAUUCAUAGAUCGAGCAGUGAAUGGAACAGCUGAGGCUGAUGCCUCUAACCUCACUGAAAUACUAAGUUGGGAGAAGCUAGUGGCUGAUUUGCAGCCUUCAGCACCUGUGCUGGUAUAG